AUGCCUGCUGAUUCAUUGGCCAGCAGUGCCUCCUUUGAGCCCUCCUUUGAGGAACCCUCGCCGUUCCAUCGACGCUACGCCAUGCGUCGUCGCCACCACCCCCACCUCGACUUUGAGACCCCACACCACGCCAUGCUCACCACCCUAGCCGAUGAUGGCCUCGCCUUCCCCGAUACUCCAAACAGCAGCACGCGCUCCUCAACCAUCCUGAAUGACAGCGAUACAGAGCAGGGGCCCAGCGCAGCCGACACGGCCUGUGAGCCUAUAGCCAAACACAUGCACACCACCUCUUUGCAUUCGCGCCUUGGCCUGCUGGAGCAGCGACACAGUGGCACGCCUCCCACGCACGAUCUUGCUGGUCCAAAGCGGUGUUCCUCUCCAACCGCCUUUCGGCAUCCCCCGCCACGCUCCCAAACGCGGGGCCCGCAGCACGAAGCACUGCCCCGACUCGAGUUAUCCCUCGCCAAUACGCUUGUACCUGUUGGCGCAACCGUAACAGUAGAUGGCGUGCAAGUUUCCCACGUCUGA